GUUUAACAGGAUCCUAACAGAGCAGAGACAGCAAGAGGGAGAGCAUCCGAGCGAAAUCGUAAAUAUAACCUCAUCAAAAUCCAUCUUCAUCCGUGGAGAAUUAAAGCGUAGCCUGAUCAAAAACAGUGAGAGCAUAAAGUACACACUUAAACCUUUUUAACAAGCACCGUAUUACCACAAUAUGAGGUUAGUAGUAUUUUAAAACAAGAGGCGAAAGAUUGUGAGAGCUGACUUCUUCCGGAGACAACAUACAGAAGACAAUCCAUCGCUCGAAGAGAUUUUCAUGUUUUGCCUAUUCUGAUUUUAAACAGUCUUGGGCUUUACACCUGAACAUUUUUGGAUAUUUUAGAGCUAGCGAGCGUGCUUGCUAGCCGACCACAGAUUGGUUAUCAUGGAGUUGAGAGUAGGAAACCGAUAUAGACUGGGCAGGAAAAUUGGAAGUGGAUCAUUUGGAGACAUCUAUCUGGGUACUGAUAUCUCAGUCGGAGAGGAGGUAGCCAUCAAGCUGGAAUGUGUGAAGACCAAACACCCACAGCUCCACAUAGAGAGCAAAAUCUACAAGAUGAUGCAGGGUGGAGUGGGUAUUCCGACGAUAAAGUGGUGUGGGGCCGAGGGCGACUACAAUGUGAUGGUGAUGGAGCUGCUGGGGCCCAGUCUGGAGGACCUGUUCAACUUCUGCUCUCGGAAGUUCAGCCUCAAGACGGUCCUGCUGCUGGCUGACCAGAUGAUCAGCCGCAUUGAAUACAUCCACUCCAAGAACUUCAUCCACAGAGACGUGAAGCCAGACAACUUUCUGAUGGGGUUGGGCAAGAAGGGCAACCUGGUCUACAUCAUCGACUUUGGCCUGGCCAAGAAAUACCGCGACGCUCGCACACACCAGCACAUCCCCUACCGCGAGAACAAGAACCUUACCGGCACCGCCCGCUACGCCUCCAUAAACACACAUCUGGGCAUCGAACAAUCCAGACGGGACGACUUGGAGUCGCUGGGCUACGUCCUCAUGUACUUCAACCUGGGUUCUCUGCCCUGGCAAGGCCUCAAAGCUGCCACCAAGAGGCAAAAGUAUGAACGCAUCAGUGAGAAGAAAAUGUCCACACCCAUUGAGGUCCUCUGCAAAGGCUACCCAUCGGAGUUUGCCACCUAUCUGAACUUCUGCCGCUCUCUGCGGUUCGACGACAAGCCUGACUACUCGUACCUCCGACAGCUCUUUAGGAACCUCUUCCACAGACAGGGCUUCUCCUACGACUAUGUCUUCGACUGGAACAUGCUCAAAUUUGGUGCCAACAGGGCCGUGGAGGACGCAGAGAGAGAGCGUCGGGAGCGGGAGGAGAGGCUGAGGCACAGCAGGAACCCUGGGGCCAGGGGCAUGGCCUCGGCCUCAGGAAGAGCCAGGGCAGCUCAGGACGUUGCAGCCCCCUCACCCCUCAACCCUGCCUCACACACAGGUUUGGAGAAGGAGAGGAAGGUGAGCAUGCGCCUUCAUCGUGGGGCACCUGUCAACAUCUCCUCCUCAGACCUGACGGGACGCCAGGACACAUCCCGCAUGUCCACCUCACAGGCUCUGUCCCGGGUCACACCCAGUGGCCUCCAGUCUGCAGCUCCACGGUGAAACCCUCCCAUCCACCUGUGCACCAUGGAGGCCUCAACAUGCAGCACACACACACACACACACACACACACACACACUCUCUCUCUCUCUCUCUCAAACACACAUGAAUAAAUAGACAAGACUCUUAAUUGACACAGAGGACUACCAACCAAUGCAAAGAGUCUGGCUGCGCUCUUGUUCCCUUGACCGAGGAAGAGGUGCACAACCAGGAGUGUGUGUUUGUUUGUGUGUGUGUGUGUGUGAGAGAUGGGUGGGGGGAGUACAGUUUGGUUGCCUUAACCACCUUGGCGAAGUAGCAGCCACAGCCUCCCUUCUUCUCUCAUGGAAGAUGUGGAAACACCCCCCUCUUCUUACUGUUGAUGAUACCAUGGAUUCACUUUUCCCUGGCAUCUUUUUUUAUUUUUUACUUUGGCUUUACUUAUUUUUGUUCAUUAAAACUUCUCUUACACCAGCUCCACUGGUCAGACUUCACAAGGGUUUGAAAAUGGAGACUGACUAGUCUGUUAGCUGUUGAAAAUAUAGUGUGUGGGACUUUUUAAAUUAGGAAAGCAGAAAGACAUGUGAUCCAUCAUGGCAGUGUUAAAGGACAGUGCCUAACUCUAUUUUGUGUCCUGAAAAAUUCCUUAAAUCCCACAAGUCAACUUUUUUCAGUUUUUUUUUUUUUUUUGGUGUUUGAGGUUUAAACUUAAAGCCCCUUGUUUUUAAAAUGGGACAAAAGGCCUUUUUAAUAUUCUAAGGUGAUCCCAUAGUAUGAGUUUGUUUUUUGUCCUCCUCAGGUGCUUUGGAACCAGGAUAUUGUAGUAAAUCCAAGAACACGCAGCGCAUUUUCUUUCUGUCUUUAGGUUGUGACUGCAGUGUGCUGUUUGGAGAAAGCUGUGAAUGGAACAGUGAAAUAGUCGAAGGUCGAUAUGUCCACUUUGAAUGGAUGAGAUGUUGUUUUUAACCGGGUGUAUAGUGAUGUGGUUUUGUGUGUGUUUGUGUGGUUCUGUCGUAGGCUUAUACACGCUCAAAGGGGGUGGGGAUGGAGAUGUUAAGAUGUUUUUUUUUGGUUUUUUUUUGUUUUUUUCCUUUUAGUUUUUAACUCCUUGCCUCCUAAACCUGACUGUCUGCUUCCAUUUUGGGUCAAAAUGCAGUUUGCUUUUUUUUCCUUUUUCCUCCCCCCCCCAACCUUACAGUUGUCCAUUUUCUACCUAGACCUCAUUAAACACUCAUUGUCUGUCUGACCGAUAGACUUUGACCAAAAUUUCAGAGCGUUGCAACUUGCUUGUCGGGAUGUGCCUCUCCAAUACGAUCCCAGUAGACAAUACGAAAAUCAACCUCACAGCCGCUUAAAGAUCCAUUGUGUAGGGUUUAGUGGCAUCUAGCAGUGGAAAUGCAGAUUGCAACCAUUUGAAUACCACUCACAUCACCGUUCCCUUCCCAAGCGUGUAGGAGAAACUACGGUGGUCCCGAAAAAACGCUAACGGCCCUAUCUAGAGCCAGUGUUUGGUUUGUCCGUUCUGGGCUACCAUAGAAAUAUGGCCGUGCAACAUGGCGACCUCCGUAGAUUUAUUCUAAGGUAAUGAAAACACAACGAUUCUCAUUUUCAGGUGAUUAUACACUAAUGAAAACACACUUAAAUAUUAUAUUCCAUUUCUGCCAAUAGCUCCUCCUAAAUGUUACACACUGGACCUUUAAAUAAGGUCUUUUCCGAUAUAACAAUACUUGCUGCAGUUUAGUUUUCACUAUUUAUAUUGCACUAGUUUACAGUUUCAGUCAGCCAGCCCGGAGCAAACAAGGAACUGGUAAAUCCAUGACCUAAACAGCUUUCAAAACUCUACAACGGAGGCAUAAUAAUGGUUAUUUUUUUGUCCAUUUGCAGGAUUACAUUGGAGAAAAGCAUUCUAGUAGUGAGUUUGGUCGGAAUCGGGCAAUGUUACUUCUAGCCUUACCCUGAUCCAAAUAAUUUAAUAUUGAGUGUGCAUUAUGGUAAAUGUGUGAUCCAGUGUUUAUGGAGGAGGGCUCUUAGCCCCCCGAUGUGAGAGUCCAGGUAGAAAAUGGACCGGUGUGCUCAGCCUAAAUGGAAGGGAGGAGGUUUUAGAGCGCUUUGGACUGAGUGUUGUCUUAAGAAAGUAGGUCGCAGUUGGGUCCCAAAUGGUACUGGAGCCACGGGCCUCAUGUGGCUCUUUUCUGUGACUCGUGUCCUUCCAUCAAGAGGAGACUUGAUCUGAGUGGUCGGCCGAGCUGACCAAUGAAUCCUGCAGAUUUUGAAGUAGAAGAUUCUCUAUGUGGUAGACUGGUUGCAAAGUAUUAUAGACCAUGUUCUGUAGUUAAAGGGGGAAUGGGUGGUAGUGGUAAUUUGUACAUGUUUGUUCUGUUGUUGUGUAUAGGAUGUGCCUACACUGUCUUACCACAUCCACGUGAGCCACUGUACGGUUUCGGAUGAUGACGACAGUGUAUGGAGGGACUGGGAAUGCCUCACUCCAUUAGAGUUCCUGCUAAGGCAGUUUUCUUUAAAUAUACUUCACCUGGGGGCUGAAAAGCAAACAAAAAAAGUGAUGGAUUAACUUGUUUGUCUCACUGAUGAUGGCUAUGAUAAAUGCAAGUAGACUUUACAUGGGAGAAUAGUUUCUUUCAGUCUGUCAUGUCUGCUUCUCUGUUAUUUCUCAUUUUGUCACCUCUUGUCCAGUUUUGCUUUUAACUGUGCAGUGGAGAUGGUUGCUCAUGUCCCAUAAUGCAUCUCUUAAUGUGGAUUCAUGGGAAAUCUUUGUCUUUCCACUCCCACCUUAAGACUUUUGCUCAUUUGUAAUGCCACUGUAUUUGUGUAUUUUAAAAUUGUGUAAAUAAAUUAAUAAGUACUUGUA